GGAAGUGUACAGUGCUCGCGUUGAUCAGAGAAAGCGGAAAGGAUCUUUGCGUUGAUCUUGUCAUCUUGUGAAGUGGACGUCAUACGAAAGUGGUUGGAUUAUUGUGGAUAUUGGAUAUAUAUUGUGGUAGCCAUGACUACAUUGGAUGACAGGCUCCUGGGCGAGAAGCUGCAGUACUACUGUAGCAGCAGUGAGGAUGAGGAUAGUGACCACGAGGAAGAUGAGAUGGGCUCUAAAACCAUCCGUGACCAGGCAGUGUUGGAGCCAGAGGUGGACUACAGUCCAGAUGGCUCUGCUGUCAACACGGGACCAAAGGGUGUGAUAAAUGACUGGCGGAAGUACAAACAGUUGGAGAACGAGCAAAAAAAGGAGCAGAAGAAAGAGAUGGAGAAACUCAUCAAGAAACUGAGCAUUACCUGCCGGUCACACCUGGAUGAGGAGAAGGACAAAGAGAAGCAAAAGAAGCUUCAGGACAAGAUCCGUGGCAAGCUUGGAAAUAAGGAGAUGGACGAGGAGGAGGAGGACGCAGACGACGAGGAGUUCCUGGAACAGUACCGGCAGCAGCGCAUGGCCGAGAUGCGGCUGGCCCUGGACGGUGGCCGGCGCUUCAACCAGGUGGUGGACCUCGGCAGUGGCGAGGAGUUCUUGCAGGCGGUGGACGAGGAGGGCCGCGGCACGCUGGUCAUCAUCCACAUCUACGAGCCCGAGGUGCUGGCCUGCCAGGCCAUGGAAGGCUGCUUGCUGUGCCUGGCCCAGCAGUACCCGCUGGUCAAGUUCUGCCGCGUGCUGGGCUCAGACAUCGGCACCAGCGAGCAGUUCCGCAACUCGGCGCUGCCCGCCCUGCUGAUGUACCGCAACGGCGAGCUGGUGGGCAACCUGGUGCGUGUCAGUGACCAGCUCGGUGAGGACUUCUAUGCCACAGACGUAGAGGCCAUGCUGCAGGAGUACGGCCUGUUGCCCGACAAGUACGCCCAGUCGACGCUCAACGCUGGCGCCAAUGGAAGCAUCCGGAACAGCAACCUCCCGCAGCUCAGCGACUCCGAUAGUGACUUGGACUUAGACUAGACGGACCCUCCUCACAUGACCAUACCUGGACACCCUCUCAAAAUGUACACAUGAACACAUAUUCACACAUAUGCACACAUAUGCACACCAACCACAAGCAGAGAUGGUUGUCAGGUCAGUCUUUGUUGGCUAAGCUGUUCUCUCUGCUGCUGGAGAGAGCAGGGGACCAUUACUAGCAUAAUAUUUAAUGCAGCUUUAAUUUUUAGCUUUCUUAUCCAAGCAUACAUUUUUAAGCACGCCAUUAAAUGCUGGAAGUGGGGGGUUUGUGUGCUACAGUUGCCUGGGAUUCCCCUUUGGACGUGUAGUAUGAAAAAUGCAACUUUUGUGUUUGUUUUUUGUAAGUGUAUCCACUCCUAUGAUUAAGAUUAAUAAUGGUUUGAAUCAGCUCUUAACUGUUCACUGUAAUAGUAACUGGGACCUCAUAUUGAUGAUGUGAUAACUAGAGCUGCUAAACCUGCAGACAGGGCAAUGCCGAGACCAGUAGUAAGGUUAGGUGAGCUGUCAGUUCAUUUCAUUUUUUAACAGAGCUGGACAUAAAUCUGUUUGUUUAGGAAUUUCUCUAAUAGCAAUACACAAUGCUCAGUGCUCAAGGAACAUUUUCUUUCUACUUCAUGUGUUUACCUAUAUGCUAACAUUAGUAUGGAAAUGCAUAACCUAAUUUCUGUUGAUCAUAUGCAUGUGUCGGGGGAGCAAAUCUUUUUAGUGUGUGUGUUCGGGAUGGGCGAUAUAGUCUUACAACUAUAUCAACAAUGUAAAUGACUUAAUGAAAGUAGUACUAUUCACCUUAGGUUUUUCCACAGCCACAAGUCACGUCAUCUUGCUGUUUUGAAAGCCGCGCAAACACAAAAAGUCGAAUUUAAUCCUGACCAUCAUCAGCAAUCAACUCGGUGUCCUUGUGUACAGUUUGAACUCAGCAUUCAGUCAUUUUUCUCAGUUCUGAACUUGCGUAGUUACUGCCUCUUUGCUUUGUAGGGCAGAGCUGCCCUCCUUGCAACACAUAUAAACAUUCAUCACCUAUAUUGCCAUAUGGCAAAUUCUGAUCAUUCAACCAGGAUAUCGAUAGUAAUACAAUUUGGCCCAUUGUGUGCGUGUGUGUGUAUGUGGUUUUUUUUUACUAUCCUUAGAAUCAGGUUGCUUUAUGUGAAUGUUCACAUGUGAGAACAUAUCAAAUAUCACUGCUUAUUGAGCACACUGGAUGGUUCCAUUCUCCAUUUGACAGCCAUAAGCACAAGCACUCAUGUGGCGGAGAGCAACAGCAUGGCACAUCUCUGCACGAGUUCACAACCUUGUGAGAUCUUCUCCACCAUGUUGACUGUGUAUGUGUGUGACGGUUUCUCAGUCAGAAAUGUUCUAUGAAUUCAUUACCUGAAAAUGCAAAUAUGUUCCUUAUGUAAAUUAGGUGAAGUAUUUAUUCCUGAAAGCAUGAGCUUAGUUCCUGAAAUAUCUAGUACUGACUUUAGGUUGCCUGCUAUAAUGUGUGGUUGAUAUCUCAGUUUUGUAUUUUUAACCUUGAUGUGUUUGUGCAAAUAAAAAUGAAAAACAAUAUA